UAUUCCAGCAAAAACAAAUGGGUUAUGUUAGUAUAAAAGCUAUUCAGGGCUGUAUGUGUGUUGGAUACUACGACUUAGUAUGUGUAUGUGAUGAUGAGAAUUACUUUAAACAUAGAAAUAAUUUAUUAGAAAUGACUCAGACUAUGCAGGACAAGCUUGAUAAGAAUGAACAUUUUUUUGAAGAUAAAUUGCCCGAAGACAAGAAACCUUGUGCUUGCACUACUUCAGAUGGUGUUCAACAUUCUAAAAUUAGCCCAAGAGCAGCUACCCUUCCUGAUUCCAGUUAUGAAGGUUCACUUGUAGUCCAUCCAAGAAUAAAAGCUAAAGAAUUUGAAUAUGCUGACAAAAAUGAAGGAUUUGAAGUGACUACAGCUGAAAAAGGUCUAAUAACAGCGAUACCCAAAACUAACAUAGUUUGUCAGUAUGAUAUGAAUUCGGUUAAAUGUACAGCUUUUCAAACUGAAUCUGAUCUGGUGAAUAAGGCGACUAGAAGAAGUGAACCCAUCAGCAAAUAUGUUGUUAAAGGAACAUCAACUUCCCCUCUACCUCUAGGAUAUACAAGAUCUGUUAAAGUGGAGGCAAUAUCUCAGGAUACUAAGAACACAUCUGAAGUAUAUAGAGAUAUUCAGGAUAAGUUAAAGGCUUUGGAAUAUGUGUGCCAAGAACAAAAAGACAAUAUAAAAAACUUCCAAAAGGAGCAAGCUGCUUUAGAGAGACAAAUUCAGGAAACCACUAGAUCAGAUCAACAAAGGGAAACAUGUGGAGCUUUAGCAAAUAAAGUGAAAAUACUCGAAAGGCGAUUGGCAAAAUAUAGCGAUAUUGCAGCCAAAGAUCUAGAAACUUCUAAAAACAACUCAUUGUUGAUCGAUAACAUGUUAGCAGAACGAGAAGAAGUACAGAAAAAGAUGGAACAAAUUAAUGAACUGGAAACUCAACUAGUUGAAUAUAAAAAGAAAGCAACUAAAGCAGAAGAGCUGAGAGGACAGCUAAGGAUGUUACAAAAAGAGAAUUCCCCAUAUUAUGAUACCAAAAAAAUCCAAUCGAGAUGUGUUGUACUUGAAAGUGAAUUAGAAAGUGUAACUGCGGAGAGAGAUGCUUUACAGAAGAAAUUUGGUAAAAGUUUACUUCAAAUUAUCAGCAAACAAUCGAAAAAUUUAAUUUUGUUUAAUCAAUACCUCUUCUACUUUUAGAAUUUGAUAUUGAUGAUUGAACACACUGUUUACUGCUAUUUUAUAUUAACAUUAUAUAGUCCUUCUAGCUGGAUGUAAAAGGCUGGACAAUUAUGGUGAAUAUCAUCUUUUUGAUAUUAGUAGUCAAUCAUCUGCUCAAAAAUCUAAUCAAAAAAGAACAUGCAGUCUGGGGAUACGCCGAUGACCUAGCGUUAAUUGUGUGGGGUAAACAUGAUGAUAUCAACUGCAAUCUUACAAUUGCAAUCGAUUUGGUAUGUCAAUGAAGGUUUGACCAUAAACCCCUCAAAGAUCACCUUAGUUCCAUUCACUAGAAUGGACGUGGUAGAAUUAGCUCUUAAUUCAAAUAUUUAUUUAAUUUCUCGAAGUAACCUACGAUCAGCGACCAACAUGGAGACAAUAUCUUCAAGCAGUAAGACAUAAGGCAUGAAGUGCUUUAUACAACUGCUGCGUAAUUGUCAGAGGAGAACGAGGGGCUUAAAACCAAAAUGUUGAACUAAAUGUACGAAUUCAUUGUGCGACCUAUCAUAAGAUAUGUAGCUUUCAUAGGAGAGUUUUCAUUCAAGAAUGAAAACCAAAAUUAGGGAAAAAAUCAUAGAUAAGUAGCAUAGGGUAACCUGCCUUGAGGUAACAGGCGCUACACGGUCAUGUUCCACGGCAGAACUACGAAUCAUUUUAGAUUUGUUUCUUUUGAAGAUCUUCAUAUAAAGUGAAGCCAUAAAGUGGACAAUAAAGGCAUACAAGAAACAGAACAUGAAGCUAGGAGACCUGACUGAGCACCUCAGCGUUCGGAAGAAAUGUAAGAAGUCUAUGUGAAACUAUGUUUUACAAGUCGACAGCAAUAGACAAUUGCAGAGAUUGCAUUCCCACGAGGAUCAUUAAUAUUGGAACUGAUGGUUCGAAAAUGGAAAGUGGACAAGCAGGGGCAGGAAUAUAUGGUCCAGGAAGUUAUUCCAAUGAGAUCAGAACCUUUCAUUUUACAUGUGGAAACAUACGCUAUUCUUACAUGCGCGGCUCGUUGGGCGCAACGUAACUACCGCAAUGCAAAGAUAUUCAUCCUAUCAGAUAGCAGAGCAUUCAAUCUUUGAACUCACUAGAAGCAAACAACAAAUUUACUCUAACGUAGGUGUGAUCACCUGGCAAAGAAAGGCGAGACAACUCCUUUCAUAGUCCCACAACCCAAAAAGCUUUUAAGUCAUGGUCAUGCAAAAGUGAGAAAUCGAGAAGAAACCAAAAACAUGCACCCGAGGUCUUAAACAAACGAAGAGAUUUCUUUCCUAUUCCACUAAUUGGACUUGCACCGUAAGCUCAGUGAACUACUGUCUGAAAAACAUCGGAGAAACUCCCGAAGCCGGGAGUCGUUUCUCUAAGGAACUAAAGGAAACCGCCGACUUUUUUUGGAGUGCGAGGCAUAAACAAAGACUACGGUUGUUAAUUCAAGCAUCCCUCAGACAGGUAGCUCCCUUUGCAAAGUCGUUGCUAUCUGACUGGCGAAUAGUCUGGGGUAUACAAUAGAUCAAUAGGUCAAAGUUUUAGCGAGGUAGAUUCACAGCCUUCACGCGCUAGCUCAUUAAUUUUGUAACAUAAACUAUUUGCUAGACUUGUCUAGAAUAUUUGUAAGCAUAUAUGUAGAUAUAUCAUAAUUACUUUAUGAACAUAGAUAACUGAAAAAUUGGAAUAAUUUAAUCAAAAAAAGUUCAACUACAGUAUAUAGUUGCUUUUUAAAGAAUAUAAUGUAUCAAGGUCAUCGGAAUAUGUGAAGGUGUAAGUUCUUGGUUAAUGUGUGCAUGCUUGCAUUGUCCUACUGCAAAAGGAGUUUUGAUUGAUUGAUUAAAUGCUGUCAUUUUUGUCACAUCUACAGUAAAUGGAGUGGGAAUUAACCUUUAAGAAGUAUUCAUUAUUUUCAUAUACCUUAUUUUUAGAUAUUAUGCAAGAUGAGAUGGACAGCUUAAGAGCGCAAGCUAAAGAAGUAGAAGUUUUAUUGGUGGAAAGAGAUAAAUUACAAAUAAAAUUGAACGAUUUAAUUCAUGUACAGAUCGACUACGAAAACCUUCAGCUUAAAUGCAAAUAUUUGGAAAAUUUAGCGAAAGAAAGAAACAUGUAUAAACAACAGUAUGAAUCACAGUUAAAUGUUAAAUGCGAAAAUGAGUCUUUAAAAGCCCAAGUAGAAGCAGCAUCGGUGAUACAAAAAGAAAAAGAUUUGCUGAAAAAGCAAGUGAUGGAUCUACAGUCUUAUAUAAUUGACCAAGAAAACAAUGCCAAGAUGCUUCUUAAACAAAUAGAUGGUCUAAUAAAGAACAAAGAUGAGAUCCAAUCAAAUAUGAACAAAGCUUUGGCAACUAUGAGAGCUGAGAUACAAAAAAAGGACAACCUAAUAGCUUCUGCGGAUAUUAGAUUAAAUAAAAUGCAAUCGGAAUUGAAGAAUUCCAUAGAAGGUGUAUUUUGCGAAACUAGUUGUUACAAGGCGAAAGUUAAAGACUUACAGAAUGAAUUGAAUGCAGCAAGAGAACACAUCGCACGC